UUUGAACAGCCAGUGCGGCACUGAGUGCCACACUCGUCGGUGCCAGUUUUGGUUCAAACGAACAUUCUUUUUCAGUGUGCAUGAAACUCGCAUGAAACUGAAAAAAUAUCGAGUGCGGCACUAGAGUUUCAGUUCCAAGAUGGCGGCGAAACUCGUGCGGAACUAGCGCGAGUUUCUUCAAAGAAACACUUUGACAGCUCUGAGUGCGGCACUCAGUGUGGAACUAUCCAUCAAACGAACGUACCAUGUGUCUCUGCCUGGCUGCAGUUCUAAUGGCGGAAUUUGCUCCGCUCUAGUCCUAUCGGAGUCGCGGAACAAAAACCCGCGCGCGCGCUCGCAUCCAGCUCUCCGUAGACCAUCAAUCCGCCCGCGGCCGGACAUGGUACCGGCUUCCGGUGGCCAACGGGUAGUGUAUUCAGUCAGCAGCGCCAGGUUGGAGGUGCCGGCCAGUUAGAAAAGGAAAAUACAACGAUGGAAGUGCAAAACACCAGCAGCAGUAAAAACAGCAACAACGGCAAGAGGCGCGAGACCGCGGUGGCGCCGGACGAUGAGCUGGACCCGGUCACGGGAAGCGGGUCUAAGCGACUCGACAAGUCGCUGGCCACGAUGACGGUCAACGUGGUGGAUCUGCUGAAAAAGGCCUCGAAAGGAAUUCUCAACUUGGGCGUUGCCACCAAGCUGCUGGAGGUCCGGCAGAAGCGGCGAAUCUACGAUGUAACCAACGUUUUAGAAGGAAUCGGCCUCAUAGAGAAGCAUGGCAAGAACAGCGUCAAGUGGCGCGGUGACUCCCUCACGCCCGACCCCCGCGACGUCACCCGUCGCACGCGCGUUCUUAAGCACGAGCGCAGCCGCCUUCUCGAGUACGAAGCGCUGAUCGACCGCCGGCUGAAGAUCAUCAACCAGAGCGCGCAAAACUCACGCACGGACGAAACCCUCGCUUCCUUUGCGUACGUCACCAGCGAAGAUCUGCUGGACGCGUUCGGCACUCGGUCGGUCAGUCUGGCCGUCCGGAAGCCACCCACCGUGAACGUGGUUGAAAAUGGGAAGGAACUGACGGUCACGUCGACAUCGGAUUCGCUGGACGUCAGAUUGCUGCGGGAUCCGCUGGGACCGUGCUUCACGCGACCAAUCCGACGGGCGAACGUUCUGCGCAAACAUCGGCGAUCCGAUCCGACGGAAACCCGCAGGCGGGACGAAAAAAGUGCAAUCCAAGCCAGGCUGGACGCCAACGCGGACCGACUACUGGACACGCGGACGGAAACGGCCGAACAGGAGCGGCAACUCAACGCCGAACUGCUUCUGGAAAAGGAUCUCACCAAGCUCAGCAAGUUUAGCGCGGCCGAGCAGGAACCCCGGGACGACGAUCCGUUCGUCUCGCUGGAACCUCCGCGGGUGGCCACGUACGCGUUUACGUUGGCACCCGGCGAGGGUCUGUUUGAGUUGUUUGACUUGGAGCAGCAUAGUCAGUAGCA